CAAUAAGACGCGCGGUCCGCCCCUCGCCCGGCCCGGCCGCGGCUCCGGCGCUCCCCGUGAGGCGGCGCGGCUUCAGCCCGGUAACCAGCCAGGAGUGUGUGCUGGCCUCUGUAUAAAGCAGCUCUUGAGCCUGUGCUGGGAUUUGUGGAGGUUGUUCCUUUGCUGUAGGAAAGAUGUAUCGCUAUUAGAUGCCAGACCAGCUGCCCUCUGUGCUGAGCUGCAACCAAAAUGGCCAAGUAUAGGCUCGUUCUCCUGAGACACGGGGAAGGGGCCUGGACCAAGGAGAAUCGCUUCUGCAGCUGGGUGGACCAGAAGCUGAGCAGCGAUGGGAUAAAGGAAGCUCAGAACUGUGGCAAACACCUCAAAGCCCUGGGCUUCGAGUUCGACCUCGUCUUCACCUCCGUGCUGAGCCGCUCCAUCCAGACUGCCUGGCUGAUCCUGCAGGAGAUGGGCCAGGAGUGGGUCCCCAUCCAGAGCUCCUGGAGGCUGAACGAGCGUCACUACGGAGCGCUGAUCGGGCUCAACAGGGCAGAGAUGGCUCUGAACCACGGCGAGGAGCAAGUGAAGAUCUGGAGGAGGAGCUACGAUGUCACCCCGCCUCCCAUCUCCGAGUCUCACCCCUACUACGCAGAGAUCUACAAUGACCGCCGCUACAAGUGCAGCGAUGUCUCCCAGGAGAAUCUCCCAAAGGCUGAAAGUCUUAAAGAUGUGCUUGAUAGACUCCUUCCCUACUGGAAUGAAAAGAUAGUGCCAGAACUGAAAAGUGGCAAAAUGAUUCUUAUCUCUGCUCAUGGCAACAGCAGCAGGGCAUUGCUGAAGCACGUGGAAGGCAUCUCCGAUGAGGACAUCAUCAAUGUCACCCUCCCCACCGGUGUGCCCAUACUUCUUGAACUUGAUGAGAAUUUGCACCCUCUGGGCCCUCACCAGUUUCUGGGUGAUCAAGAAGCUAUCCAAGCUGCCAUCAAAAAAGUGGAAGAUCAAGGGAAAGUAAAAUCUGCUGAGAAGUUAAAUCCCACUGUCUAGCACAGCUGUGUGAUGAUGUGUGUAUGACUGCUAGGUUGCACUGUGUGAAUGUCUCAAUUUCAAGCACUAAAUAAUUGGAAGGGACAAUUGUUGAGUCUCAGGUUGGUAGUUUAACCCUCUGCUUUUUCAAAAACUGGAAUUUAGAUUGCAGCGUGAGGUUUUUGAUACUGGAAAAGGAAGAGAUGAUUCAGGUAAAGGAAACUUGCAGGGCAGCCUGCCCCAGAUCACCACUGAGGAUGGCCCAGUAGAGAAAUAAAGGGAUGUGAUAUUGGUGUCUACCAGCAAUCAGUCCUGAUCUGUUAAGGAGAAAAGCACCAGCUUACUGGACUAAUUUAAGUCCAGGAUGUUAUAGGCACUAAAACUGUCACUGAUAAAAUGGAACCAGAUAACUCUGUUACCAACUAUGAUUUUUCUGUGUCACAGUAGCUGUGUCAGUUUGUUCUCAGUGGAUUUCCUUCAGCCUUUCAGAACACCUUCAGCUGGACAACUCUCUGCCUUUGUUAUUUUGAGUCUUCUGCGGCCAGUUCACGGUCCAGAGAAUUUUGUAGAGAUGUUCUGACUACUAGAGUUACCAUAGUUAUCUUUUUUUACACUGUAUUUGGUUUUUAAGGAGUGCAGAUGGAAUCCCUUUUCCUCCACCAUCUUUGCAAAGCCUAGCAUCACUGCAUUUCGCUGGCUUGCAGUAAUAGGAUUGAAGUCAGACUUCAGUCCACAAAAGAAGCACAAAGGUUUUCUUCUGCUCAGUUUUUAAAUUAUGUAGCUCCUAGUGAGGGACCUGAGUACCUUUGAAACACUUUGGUGAGGUGUACUAGAGGUUUCAUCACCCCUUAGGCAGUUGAUAAAUAAUUCAAAUAAUUCCUGCUCAUCUCAGCCAAAGUGACGUGGGAAAAACCCCUCCAAGCUUUCCUGAGUUGCAAAGGUAUCUUGAUAAAUGUGUUCCACAGUAACAUUAAUGUGGCAUUAUCUGCAUCAGAUUCUCUGAAGGGCUGGAAGAGAUGCAUGCAGCAUGUCAGAAGUGUUGCUGGGUGCAGCUCAUCCAGCCAUCCUGCUGGAAAGAUAUUCUGCCGUGCCUGAAAGAGUUCUCCUGUAAACCUCUCCUGACAAUCACAGCUUGAUUCCUGCUGAGUGUUUGGCACUGGAUUUGACCAGUUCACCCCGUGGCUGGAUGCAGUGCCAGGUGUGACAGCCUGGUGUUCUCUUCAUGUACACGAGCACCAGGGUAAUUCCCCUUCUGAAGACUUGCUCUUGAUCUUACCUGCAGAUAUGAAACUGUUAUAAAGUUUACAUCUGACCCACUGUCUCAACACCUGAGCAUCUGAUUCUGACCUUGGAUAUCAAGAGGGGUGACACCUGUGUGUGUGCUGCUUGAGCUGAGUAUGUUCUCAGCAUGGCCCAGCUACAAAUAUCAGUGUUGAUGGGAAUUUCCUUGAUAUGAGUAUGAAGUUUUAAAAUCCUUGAGGAGCUGUUGCUUUGCAGUGAGCAGCUCUGUAGCUUGCUUUGUAAGUGUGAGAGGAGGUUUUUUUCCUUUUGAAGAGAGCAGUGUGACAGUGUGGUGUGCCUCUGAUCUUGCUGAUGUGUGGAGCGAGAUUUUGCAGGUCUGAUGCCAGCUCACAUUAGAGUAGCACAUACUCCAUAAAAGAUUUCUUGCUAGAAGGUAGUUUCUCAUGCAUGAAUGGUGCUUGGGCUUCUCUUUGGUUUUGUUUUUGUAGCCCUUGCAGUAGAAACGAAGUUACACGUUUCUCUUUUAAACAUAAAGCUGGUAGGUUUCAUCUUUAUUUAUAAAUUUAUCAUUGCUAUUAGCAGCUUCUCUGCUACUUGAUUUGAUACUUAGUUUCUGGGGUUUUAGUUUCUGUGCUUAGUGUAACCCUGAAUCUUAGCUGAUAGUUUACAAGUGAGUGUUGCAGUGUUAGAUUACUGAUCAGCAAAAAAACCCUGUGAAAACCCUGCGAAGGGUCACUGGCACUCAAGUGAGUAAAUUCUUCCCCAAACAUUAUUUCAUGUGUGAAGCUUAAUAUCAAGUAAAUGUUACUGUAGGCUUGUAAACAAACUGAGUGCAUCCAGGUGUGUGAGCACACAGGCCAUGUCCACAUCCCUUUGGCAUUGUGGAAUUGUAAUGUAGAACUGCUUCAGGAUGUGACACGCAGCUGGAAUAUCCUUGGAAGUGAACCCAGCUGAACUGGGAGACAGGCUCUCUCCUCCCCUUAGAAUCCAUGAUCUCUUCUGUGGGUGGAGAAGGGAAUGGAAAGGUGGAUGAGGGAAUUUAGGGAGCAUUAAUUGCAGCUGAAAUCAUCCUUUGAGUCGUGGCCAGGAAGAAGAGAACACCAGUGUGAUGUUUGCAGGAGGUGCUGUUUCUACAGUGCUGCUUGGGAUGUGAACAGUGACGGUGCUCUGGGAAGUUUGACUUAGUUUGCUUGGAUUGUGGCUCCAAAGUGAUGCCAGGAUUUUAUGUGCACAUCUGGCACCAAUAACACCUUGCAAAAGUAUCAAAUGGAACCAACUGGGGAUUUCAUUCUGCUCUUUAGGAUUAUUUUAAUGCCUUGCAAUUCCAAGUAACCUUUUAUUUAAAAUCCUGAUCCAUUAGCCGUGUCUAUUGAAGAACAGACACCAAGUUCCAAGGUGUCAGACACCAAGAUCUUCAGGCAUAGCUACAUCAGAGGGAGAAAUGAGAAUCUUGCUGUAGAGAUCAGUGGUUGGGAAGCAUUUUUCCCUGUGUUUGAGUAUGCCUCAAAGUCCUAUAAGGUAAAUGGUGUUUUUACAGUUAAUGUAAUGGAUGUGGUUGAUUUGGUUUGUUUUAUGCAUUUUUAACGUGUGGUUCAGUAGCAGCAAUAGCUCUAGAUCCUCUUGAAAACCUUUGUAAAUAUGGUGGAGCUGGCAGGUUCUUUAUAACUCAAUAAAUUCACCUGAAAUAGAAUUUAA